GGCGCCGUGGAGGCUGCUGGGAGAGUGGAUCUCCGCUCUUCUCCAAUGUGUGGGGCUGCUAGAGAGCCGGCCUAGCUGCAAAACCGAAGUCGCCGAGUGAUGAUGUUGUGAAGUCGCCCACCCGUCCCUGCCACGCCCGGGCCGUUACUGGCAGCGCCGGCCGCUUCGGCUGCAGCUCUCAGGCUGACACCGCUUUAGAUCCUAUUCCCUGAGGGAGCGCGGGCGGAGGACAGAGGACGUCGGGCCAUGCCUGUCAUGACUCUCCAGGGUAUGAUAAUCACAUGAGAGCACUCAUUGCUGCAGAUGUCAUUUGACUCAUCAGAAAAAAGCUGUUUAAAAGAAAAUAUCUGUACAACCAGAUCCAUUUUGUUAUUGAAUGGCUUAAUGGAUUUCCUUUACUCUGAUUCAUACCAAAGCUGUCCUUGUCAACCAAAGCAAGAAAGGAUCCUGCAUGAGUCAAUCACAGAAUGCCAUUUUUACAUCACCAAUAGGUGAAGAAAACCUCAUGAAUAUCAAUCACAGAGACUCAGAGAGUAUCACUGAUGUCUGCUCCAAUGAGGAUCUCCCUGAAGUUGAGCUGGUGAGUCUGCUGGAAGAACAGCUACCCCAGUAUAAGCUAAGAGUAGACUCUCUCUUUCUAUAUGAAAAUCAAGACUGGACUCAGUCCCCACACCAGCAGCAGCAUGCAUCUGAUGCCCUCUCUCCAGUCCUUGCUGAAGAGACUUUCCAUUAUAUGAUUCUAGGCACAGACAGGGUGGAGCAGAUGACCAAAACUUACAAUGAUAUCGACAUGGUUACACACCUCCUGGCAGAGAGAGAUCGUGAUCUGGAGCUAGCUGCUCGAAUUGGACAGGCUCUCUUAAAACGGAACCAUGUCUUGUCUGAGCAGAAUGAAGCCCUGGAGGAGCAACUGGGACAAGCCUUUGAUCAAGUUAAUCAACUGCAGCAUGAGCUGUCCAAGAAAGAUGAAUUACUUCGAAUUGUCUCUAUUGCUUCUGAAGAGAGUGAAACUGACUCCAGUUGUUCUACACCUCUCCGGUUCAAUGAGUCCUUUAGCUUAUCUCAAGGUUUGCUGCAGUUGGACAUGCUGCAAGAAAAACUCAAGGAACUGGAAGAGGAGAAUAUGGCUCUUCGAUCCAAGGCUUGUCACAUAAAGACAGAAACUAUUACCUAUGAAGAGAAGGAACAACAGCUUGUCAAUGACUGUGUUAAAGAACUUCGUGAAACAAAUGCUCAGAUGUCCAGAAUGACUGAAGAAUUAUCCGGAAAGAGUGAUGAACUGAUCCGGUACCAAGAAGAGAUCUCCUCUCUCUUGUCUCAAAUUGUAGAUCUUCAGCACAAAGUUAAAGAACAUGUAAUUGAGAAGGAGGAACUGAGACUUCACCUACAAGCUUCCAAAGAUGCCCAAAGACAGCUGACAAUGGAGCUGCAUGAGUUACAAGACAGGAAUAUGGAGUGUCUGGGAAUGUUACAUGAAUCCCAAGAAGAAAUAAAGGAACUUCGAAGUAGGUCUGGCCCUGCUGCUCAUAUUUACUUCUCACAGUCAUAUGGAGCUUUUUCUGGGGAAUCUCUGGCAGCUGAGAUUGAGGGGACCAUGCGUAAAAAGUUGAGUUUGGAUGAGGAAUCUUCUCUUUUUAAGCAAAAAGCCCAACAAAAACGGGUAUUUGAUACUGUCAAGGUUGCCAAUGACACACGAGGCCGCUCCAACCCAUUCCCAGCUCUGCUACCCAUUCCAGGGUCCAACCGUUCAAGUGUCAUCAUGACAGCAAAACCUUUUGAGUCUGGUUUACAACAAACAGAGGACAAAACACUCCUGAAUCAGCAGAGCAACUCAGAAGAGGUUUCAGAGAACGUUCAGAAGGUGGGUCAACCAGGACCCUCUGGAGAUAGUGAUUUGGCUACAGCACUGCAUCGCCUUAGUCUGCGGCGACAGAACUACUUAAGUGAGAAGCAGUUCUUUGCUGAAGAAUGGGAGCGGAAGAUACAGGUUCUCGCUGACCAGAAAGAAGGGGUUAGUGGCUGUGGCACCCCCACGGAGAGCCUUGCCUCUCUCUGCACUGACCAGUCGGAGAUCACAGACCUCAGCAGUGCCAGUUGCCUUCGAGGUUUUAUGCCUGAAAAAUUACAGAUUGUCAAGCCCCUUGAAGGAUCACAAACUUUGCACCACUGGCAGCAGCUUGCUCAACCAAAUUUAGGAACCAUUCUUGACCCACGACCAGGUGUCAUCACUAAAGGCUUUACCCAGUUGCCCAAGGAUGCCAUCUAUCACCUCUCAGAUUUAGAAGAGGAUGAAGAGGAAGGUAUCACUUUUCAAGUGGAACAGAAACCUUCAGUAUCCAAGCCAGUAAUAGGAAUCUUCCUUCCAGCCAUUACUUCAGCUAGUGGUCCAGAUACAGUUGCAACCUCAAACCCAGGCAAGUGUCUGUCAUGCACAAACUCGACAUUUACCUUCACCACCUGUAGGAUAUUGCAUCCUUCUGAUAUCACUCAGGUUACCCCCAGCCCUGGGUUCCCUUCGUUAUCCUGUGGAAGUAGUGGUAGCAGUUCAUCAAACACAGCGGUGAAUUCUCCUGCUGUGUCCUAUAGACUCAGCAUUGGCGAGUCUGUUACCAACCGACGAGAUUCCACUAUAACCUUCAGUAGCACCACGAGCUUGGCCAAACUUCUACAAGAGCGAGGCAUUUCUGCUAAAGUGUAUCACAGCCCAGUUUCAGAGAGCCCCCUCCUCCAGCCUAUCCCUAAAGCCCUGGCUAUUCCUUCUACACCACCAAAUUCACCAUCUCACUCACCUUGCCCUUCUCCUUUGCCCUUUGAGCCUCGAGUUCAUCUCUCCGAAAAUUUUUUGGCCUCCCGACCAGCUGAAACAUUCCUCCAGGAGAUGUAUGGUUUGAGACCUACCCGGAACCCUCCUGAUGUUGGCCAGCUGAAGAUGAACUUAGUGGACAGGCUGAAGAGACUGGGGAUAGCCAGAGUGAUCAAGACCCCGGAUGCACAGGAAAAUGGAAGAAGCCAAGAGGCAGAAAUUGGUCUUCAAAGACCUGACUCUGCUGUUUAUUUAAAUUCAGGUAGCAAUUUAUUGAGUGGACUGAGGAGGAAUCAGAGUCUUCCAGUCAUGAUGGGUAGCUUGGGCACCCCAGUUUGCACAACUUCACCGAAAAUGGAUAUCCUGAAGGAAGACUGAAGUUCAGCAGUUAACUGACCUCUUAAACAAAUUAGCACAUGAAGGAUAGAUUUGCACUGAUACAUGUAGUCUGGUCUGACUGAGAGACAAGGAAUGUUGCAGAUGGCUUGUGAAUGUGGAAAGGGGAAAGUGGAACAAUGGAAACAGAAUUGGGACGAGGCCCUAAUGAAUGAGGUCUAAUAAAUUGAAAGUAUAAAUGAAUGGGUCAUGAGUGUUUGGAGGCAGAAAAGGAAGAAAAGUUUAAUAUACUCCUUCAGUUGGAUGUUCCUAUCUUGAGAAUAAAAAGUGACUGGACAAUAAAUUCAGUAAUAUCAAAAUAUACCAGUUAUACUGAACUUGCUAGCACAUUUACUUCUAGUAAGCAAAAGCAGCAAGAACCCAGCUUAGGAGAUGGGAAGAGGAAGGGAGCAGCUUUGAUCAUUGCCUAUAAAAAGCUGAACUGCAGGGUUGCCAGGCUAAGCCCCAUCUGUUACUGAGGCUUUUAUGUUUUACCCUGUUAAGGUCUGCUUAAAUUACAUAUCCAUCAAAUGGUAUGUACACAGCAGUAGCAAACAAGGAAUUUUAUCUUUUUCAUAAAAUCAGAGUAGUGGAAACUCCCUUUUGCUUUCUGUUUUCAAGCCUUUGAGCCACUGGGAGCCCAAACACCACCCACAUUCCUUUUGUAUUUGUGAUUAAUAAAGGUUCAUUUUUAAAUUUGUAUUUUUAUACAAUACCUCCAAAAAA